UUAGGAAAGUUUGGUUUUAAGAAAAGAAACAAGACGAAUAAAAACGGGGUGCGAUCGACGUUGGUACGUCAGUGUAGAGUAGCGCCGCAUGGAGGGAGUAAGGAGGGUGCAUCAUUGCAGAGUUGCAGUUGUUCGCCAUUAACCUAGGGAGUUAACUUCGGUACUAGGCUUAGCGAGGAUCUCGGUGCUCGGUCGCGUGCCCCCUCCCCUUUUUAUCGUGGAAAAAACUAUUUAGUGAUUUCGUGUUACGAUUUUGGGUAUUUUGAGAUCCGGCGAGUUCGAAUCGGUCUUGGUUUAGAAAGAAUGGAGCAACAGUGGCAAUCACCGAUAAUUACAAAGAGCGAAGUGUUAAACGCGAAUUUUCUAUCAGCAACGGGUCAGCGUCUUACCCCAACGGGGAAAAUCAGCCAUGCUAAGACGCGUGUCUAUACACAACGCUAUCGUAAAGAGUGGGAACAAAUGCCCGAUUUUAUAGGGUGGUUGACAUCCGUGCCGUUUCAACCGACACGUGCUUAUUGUUUAUUUUGCAAAAAAAAUCUCCACGCGCAUCGACUUUCUUUAUUAAAACAUACAUGUACAAUGAAGCAUCAACGAGCAGCGUUAUUACACGAAGUAGAAGAAAAAAAGAGAGCUGCAGGUGAACAUGUAAUGGGAGAAGAUGUUGAAGUUGAAGAAAUUGAUGGAAUUGAGGCUGUAGAAUAUGCUAAAGCAGAAAUAGAAGAAAAUGAUGAUGAGGUGGAAUACGUUGUUGAAAGAUUAGAAACCGACGAUGAAUUGGAUGAUGGUCAGAUUAAGGAUCCAAAUGCAGAUGGUGGUAAGAUGGGAGAAGAGGAAGGAGUGCCACAUAUGCAUAUGCAUUCGGACGAAGAAGAUAUUAAGCAUCCCAUAAAAAAGAUCAAAUUAGAAAGAGUGAAACCAUGCGAAGAUCCUUUGGGAGAUGCAAUGGAACAUGUGCAAAGCGAAUAUUUAGAAGAACCAGAUAAUUCAGAACCUGUACAGAUGGAAAUGAUCGUCGAAUCAGAAGACCAAAGCAAUGAAGUGGAAGUUAUGUCAAUUCUUCCUGAUGCAGAAGAUCCUAAUAAACAUGCACCAAAGGACUCCCAUGAGAAUGGAACAGGAAUUCACAGAGUGGACAAUAAAUUAGAUAAACAAUCUGCAAAAUCAUUGGAAGGCGAAUGUAAACGAGAGGAUUCGGGGAUUGUGAUGGCAUGUCCAUUACCUAUUUUAAAUACAGCUUAUCAAAUAAACACAUCAACUGGACCUACAUCUAAUACAAUCGGCAUGCUGCAACCCGUGAAUGCGAUUCCUAUUGCUCCUGCUCACAAUAAAACGAUUACGUUGACGUCGGGUGGCAAAACCUUAACAUUGACUGGCGGUACAUUCCAACCUGGUACUCAAUACGUCCUGAGUAAAUUAAAGAAUAAAUUUCCUACGUUGAUCAUGGCUGAUAAGAAACCUGCAAUUGCAGCUAAUCAAGUAGAUGACGCCACGAAAGGCGUCCAGACAAACAAAGAUCAGCUGGCUGUAGCAAGUACUAGUUACCAAAAUCAAAGAAAACAUGUGCUCGUAAAGAAUCCCGUGGUUAAAAAGCCCCGUAUUUCUACUCAUGUUUUGGAUAUGAGUAAAGGUCUACCAGUUGGAGGUUUGCAAGUCAGUCUAUAUAAGUUAAUGGAUGGCCGAUGGACUUUCUUGAAUGAAAGCAAUACCAGUCCAAAUGGCAGAUGCGUAGAUUUAGUGGACAACAUGAAACAGUUCACGGCUGGACGUUACAAGAUUCAUUUUGACGUCGAUAAAUAUUUCACACUGAGACGAAUAGAAACAAUGUAUCCGUUCAUUGAAAUUGUUUUCGACGUAAAAAAUCCAGCCGGUCACUAUCACAUACCAGUGCUAUUGAGCCCAUUUGGUUAUACCACUUACCGUGGCUCUGAAAGAUGAAUAAUAACGAACUUGCGAUAUCUGUCAAGUAUUUUGUGGCUUUGUAAAAAUAUCAAAUUACAUGAAAAUAAAUGUUUUUUACGAUUCAAGAUACCGAAAAUUAACACGUACCGAAACAGUAUUUUAAUGUUAUACUUCGAUUGUAAUGAAGAAAAAUUUGUUCGAUUUCUCACUUGCAAGAACAUUAAUUGGUAAUGAAAUUUGACAUUUCUUUAUAUAAUUGAAAAAUGUGUGUCACGAAAGUUAGAAAAUUGUAAAUAAAAAAUGUUAUUGAAAGCUGGUCUGACCUUAUUAAGAGGUCAAGCAAGCAUCUAUAAGAAACUGCAUGUUGAGGGGGAAGGACAGCGAGGAAAGAAGAAUAGGAAAACCGGUUGUUAGUUAAUUGUCCUCAUUACAUAAAAAUUAAUGAAACGAAAUGUAAACAAAGGGCGCAGUUGCAUAUUUUGUGGGAUGCCCUUUUGCGGAUGACAACCAAACUAAAUAGAAAUAUCAAGAUCUAUUUGUA